AUGCGCUCUAGUCGAGGCGUUUCUGAGAUAUUGCCCCCGCGCCUCUCACCGAGGGAGCAGAUAGAGCGCGAGGAAGAAGCGGCGCGUCGUGAUUGGAAGGAGGCGCUUGAGGAGUCUGAUGGCCAACUGUUUAAGAGCGCCCAACGUCUACUCAGGAGAAAGCCAGAGGUAACCUAUCUGAAGAAGAGGAAUAGCCGCGAGGUCGAUGCGACCGAUCUGCUUUUGUCUGCGGAGAAAAGCCAAGGGAAGUCCAGCCCUGUGUCCUCCGAUGGAAUGGCGGAUGAGGAGGAGUCCUUCAUGCAAGAGCGCCAAGAGCGCGGUGUUCUUCCUCUGUCACACAGCGCUCGCCAGGCACCGCUGCGGGGGGAAUUGAUGCGGUUGAAGGAAGAGGUGCAACUGCUGGAGGAACAGCGGAAACAAAAAGAAACUCUCUAUAAUGACGUCAAGGCGACGUAUGAGGCAGUCAAGGAAGAGCUGGAUGUCCUUCGAAGGGAGAUGUCCGUUCGAUGCGAAGAAUAUGGUACUCAACAUGCGGAGCUCGUCAAGCUGGUCAUGGACGGACAGGAAGCCUACAAGGCUGCUAGUGACCAGCUGAUUGCGGAGAGAGAUCAGCUUGAGACUCGAUGGAAAAAGGAAUUCAAGGCGAGACGGAAAUUGUUUAACACGAUUCAAGAGCUCCGAGGAAAUAUUCGUGUCUUCUGUCGCGUGCGCCCUCUCAAGGAAGCCACACUAACGUCUGGGCUGCCCGCCAAAGUUGUAGUGUCGUUUCCGGACGCCGCAGCUGACGACGAGAACUCGAGAAUUCAAAUCGGUCCAAAGUGCUUUGAAUUUGACCAUGUGUUUCCUCCGGUAGCUGAUCAAAAGGCUGUGUACGACGAAACAGCUGGAGUUGUUGCUAGUGUCCUUGACGGAUAUAACGUCUGCGUUUUCGCAUAUGGGCAGACAGGUUCAGGCAAGACACACACGAUGAGUGGUCCCGAGGAAGACAGAGGCGUCAACUAUCGUGCGCUCGUGGACUUGUUCGACAUUGCGAACCAGAGAUCGGAGUUUCAAGAGGUAAACAUUUCCGUUUCCAUGGUUGAGAUUUACAACGAGAAUCUGAGAGAUCUCAUUCGUGGUAACAACAAGUCGACGCCUCCAAAGCUUGACAUUCGCAAAGACCCGAGCUCGCAGUCUCCCAAUGCUGUACAUGUACCAAACCUAACCGAGAUUACUGUCGAUUCAGUUGAAGCCGUCUGGGGCCUCAUGGAGCGCGGCAGCCAAAACCGAAGACAAGGGAAGACAAACAUGAAUGAACACAGUUCCCGGUCGCACUUGAUUUUAAAGGUGAUGGUGACAUGUGAAGACUACUCUUCCGGCGUGAAGUCUUCAGGCCUACUUCAUCUCGUCGACCUCGCCGGGUCGGAGCGUGUUGGACGGUCAAAUGUUUCCGGAGAGAGACUGAAGGAAGCGCAGCAUAUCAACAAGUCACUGGCAACUUUGGGUGAUGUAUUUAUGUCACUGCUUUCACAUAACAACCACGUUCCGUAUAGAAAUUCCAAGCUAACGUAUCUCCUUCAGGAUGCCCUCGGUGGAGACUCGAAGACUCUGAUGUUUGUGAAUGUGUCUGCCGACGACUCUGAUUCCUCGGAGACGCUAUCAAGCUUGCAGUUUGCGCAACGAGUGGCAAAGGUGGAGCUGGGAUCAGCUCGCAAGCACACGGAAAAAACGGAGGAGACUCGAGCGUUGGCGUCAUUGCAAACAAAGGAAACUGAACUGCGAGAAGUGAAGUCGAAGAAUGCAGAACUACAGCGGGAAGUACAGCGAAGAAACGACGUAGCCUCCGAAUCGAAACAACGCACCCAUUCUCUGGAACUGGAGUUGAAGCGAACAAAAGCAAAGCUCGAGGACCAAAGUCGCAAAGAAGACGCGGGUCGUGAAGGAUACGUCCGUUCUGCGCAAGAGCUGCGCGAAUUGAAAGCUCUGCAUGAGAGAGACCAAAAUGAACUCAGGGCCGCAAAACUAAAGGUGCGGGAUGUCGCCAGUGCCAAGGAUGAUGAAAUUAGCAGACUGACAGCACUCCUGAAGUCCAGAGAUAAGAAAAUUGCGGACAUGGCAAAGCAACAGACAUCGAAGCCUCCUAUGGAGAGAGCAAAUUCGACACCAACCAACCGAUUCCCGCGCCCGAUGAGCACACCGACGGUGACGCGAAAGAUAGAGCGAGGUCAGGCAUCAAAGCUUCCCCGGAAUGCGACUUUUGCCGGUCGGUCACGACAAGUGCGGUUCGAUGAGCCCAAGACUGACACAAGUGCGGCCGCUGGUGGGGCGAGCGAAGAAGCAGCAAUGAGACCGCCUGCAACGCCUAUGAGCGCCGCUCGACGGACAGUGGAUCGAAGGGCGGACAGCAAGUUGCCUCGGAGUCAGUCAAUGGUUCCUCGGGUAGCCAACCGGCCAUCGGGUCGAGUGGCAGCAACUCCCUCGAAGGAGGUUAGCUAUGCGUUUGGUACUCGAGUGGAAGGCAAGGCCACGGGUGUGAGCGGCAAAAAGCCCGUACGCGGCGGUCGAUUACCACGGGCUCAAACGCAGCUGCGACCAGCGCAAAGGGUUUCGCAGCUCGCAAACCUCCGCGGUGGGCUGGCGUCCGGGUCGGCAGCGCGAGCAGGCGGUUUCGGGGCGCGACGGGCAGGGUCGAUGUCCAACGUGCAUCGCCUCAACGGCAGAACGACCGACGGCCCUUGAUGGUAUAUUAUUACAUUGUAGAAGUAGGGCUCCGCCUGUUUGCUGUUUACUAUGUCGUCUCUUGGGACGGUAACGGCCGAAGGGGGAAGGAGCGUUGUUUGCUGAUACGCGUUUGUAAAUUUUUUGUUUUCAUCGA